CAAAAACAAAACCCUACAAAUCGAAUUUUGAUUUGUUUGUAAUCAUCAGGAUUAAUCGAUUGGGGGAAAAUGGCAUUAACGAAUUUUAUACUGACGGUGGCUGGAGUGAGCGCCGUGGUGUUGCUAUUGAGAAGCGAUGUGAAGCAAUCGGCCACCGUCUUCCGCCGUAACGUCCGUCACAUCCGUAAGUGGCUCGAAGAAGAAUCCUCUUCCGCUGCCAAAGAAAUGGAGAAGGCGAAACCAAAGGAAAUACCAGGGAAAGAUGUUCCAAAGGAGGACAAGCACUAGAUUCUGCACAUGGUUGAAGUUUUCCUGUAUAUUGAAAUUCUAUGCAGUUGCGCAUAUGGAGUCUUGAUUAUCCGCACUGUACUCUAUACUUAAGUUCUUGAAUAAUAAUAUUUUUCGGUGUCUUCUAACAUGAUGAUUUCUGUUCUUGCAUCCUGCCUCCUUAAUAUUUCCAAAAAAGUAGGAUUCUCUUUUGUAAUAUUUCUCUUCUUUUUCCCUGCUGGUUUUUGCUAGAUAGCAGCAACUAUGUUAAAUUUUUGGCAAUACUGCCCUUUCCCAAAACCUCGGUGAACCAACCUGUAGAAGUUGGUUUAUGUGUAAAAUCUCUACAUUGGGUAAUGAUUUCUUUCAGGAAAAA